AGUGUAAGAAUUGGUUCAGUCCUCAACAUGGAUUGGUACAGUGCACUUGUUUUCAGCGUUUGCAUAGCCGCAUCAUGCAGCGCUGAAGACCUGACGUUCCCGCCAGGGUUCAAAUUUGGAGCGGCCACAUCUUCGUACCAGAUUGAAGGGGCAUGGAAUGCAAGUGACAAGAGUGAAAGUAUAUGGGAUCGCUUUGUCCAUGAUCUGCCAACAAGAAUCUUAAACCAGGACAAUGGAGACAUCGCCUGCGACUCUUACAACCAACUGGAGAGAGACAUCGAGAUGGUCGCUGACUUAGGACUGCACUACUAUCGAUUUUCAUUAUCCUGGCCUCGUAUCCUGCCCUCUGGUUUCCCAAACUACAUCAGUAAAGAAGGAACAGACUACUACAAUCGGUUGAUCGACGGUCUUCUGGCGAAGGGCGUCGAACCCUUCAUCACUCUCUUUCACUGGGACUUGCCGCAGUCGCUACAGGAUCUUGGUGGUUGGACUAACCCCCUCAUUGCCGACUGGUUCGCCGACUACGCGAGGGUAGUCUACACGCUGUACGGUGACCGCGUGAAGCUUUGGCUUACUCUCAACGAACCGGUCGUGGCCUGUGACCUCUCUUACAUCACUGGAGUGACUGCACCAGGAAUUAUCAGCCCUGAUGUCGGAACUUAUAUGUGUAACAAGAAUAUUAUGUUGGCCCACGCUAAAGCUUGGAGGGUUUAUGAUGAGGAGUUCAAGCCAAAAUAUCAUGGUAAAGUGUCGAUCGCCAACCACCUCCUUUGGUUUGAACCCCAGACCGAAGCUGAUUCUGAAGUAGCAGAGCUGGCUUUACAACACUUAGCUGGUAGAUACUGUCAUCCGAUCUACUCCAAGGAGGGAGGCUGGCCACCAAGUAUUGAGAAGGUGUUGGAGAAACUCAGUUUGGAGCGAGGAUACUCCAAGUCUACGUUACCAGCAUUCACACAAGAAGAGAAAGACUUAGUCAGAGGUACUUACGACUUUUUUGCUUUUAACCACUAUUCGGGUCGGCAAAUCCGCUGGGCAAAGGAAGGCGAAACUUUCUCUCCGUGGCCGCUAGGUGACGCUGAAGACCUGAACGGUAAAAUAGAGUUCCCUGAUCAUUGGCCCCCGACUGCAUCCUCGAUAUUCUAUGUAUAUCCCGAAGGAAUCCGUAAGCAUUUGCGCUGGGCUAAAGAACAGUACGGUGACCUCGAGUUCGUGAUCACAGAGAAUGGUUUGGACACCCUCGGAGGACUUGACGACCACGAUCGGAUAAGUUACUUCAGGGAGUACUUAAAACAGAUUUUACUAGCUAUUAAAGAAGAUGGAAUCAAGCUUACUCACUACACAGCCUGGAGUCUGAUGGAUCUAUUUGAAUGGAUGGAUGGCUAUCAUUCUAAAUUCGGCCUUUACCAGGUGGACUUCAACGACCCGCUGCGCACACGCACGCCGCGUCUCUCCGCGCACUGGUACAAGAAGAUCAUUGAAGCCCACUCCCUAGACGUGAACGUGACGCAAGAUGUACUAUGAAAAUUAAGCUAUUGUUUAUUUGUAUGUUGAUAAAGUAUUAAAGAAUAAUUGUGCAGAAA